AUGGUGGAUCUUUUGGUGCAGUUUGGUGAUUUACCUUUUUACUUAACCUGCGUGUAUGGGGAACCAGCCACCGAUGGGAGAAGUGGAGUUUGGGAACGAUUGAGAAGGUUAGGAUUGGGGAGAUCACAACCGUGGUGCAUGGUUGGUGAUUUCAACGAAAUUCUAUGUAAUGAAGAAAAAACGGGGGGACCGAUGAGGCCUGAAGAGUCCUUUAAAUACUUUGCUGACAUGUUAUCAGCUUGCAAUAUGGAAGAACUGGUCAGUAAAGGAGAUAGAUUUACAUGGGGAGGUAUGAGGUGGAAGAAGUGGAUCCAAUGUUGUCUCGACAGAUGUUUUGGUAAUAAAGCUUGGCGUGAUACCUUCCCGGGCUCCAACCAAUCUUUCUUGGAGAAAAGGGGUUCUGAUCAUAGGCCCGUUUGGGUGAAUCUGCGCGCAAAUCCAGAGAUGCAAAGGGGCCAGUUUAAAUUUGACAAAAGGAUUUUGCACCAUCCGGACGCAAUGAGUGCAGUGAAAGGGGCUUGGAGCAGUGUAAGGGCAAAUGCAUCUAUUGCAGUCAAAAUAAGGAAAUGCAGGGGCAUAAUGAGUGCUUGGAGAAGGAAAAAAAGUUUUAACGCCAAGGAUAAGAUUAAUAAAUUGCAGAUAAGACUUGAGUGGUUUCAAUCCAAGUCAUAUCCUUGCUGGUUCGUAAUCAACACAAUCAAAAAAGAGUUGAUGCAAGCAUACAAAGAGGAGGAGAUGUUCUGGCGCCAAAAAAGCAGAGAAAAAUGGUUAAGACUUGGUGAUAGGAACUCUAAGUUCUUUCAUCUCUCAGUCAAGGCUAAUAGAGCUCGAUUGUAUCUUCUUAAACUUAAAGAUAAAAGGGGCCAAGAUCAAUGGUCUGAUGCAGCAAAAGCAGAGGUGGCAGUGGAAUACUUUUCUGAGCUGUUCACUUCCUCAAACCCUCCCUCAUAUGAAGCAGUGUUUCAGAGCAUGAUACCUAAAGUAACCCCAGGUAUGAAUAGGUGUUUGACGGCGAAGGUUACCAAGGAAGAAGUAAGAGAGGCAAUCUUCUCCAUCAAGGCAGAUAGUGCGCCGGGACCUGAUGGUAUGACUGGUCACUUCUUCCAGAAGUUUUGGCCAACUAUUGGAGAAGAGGUUACCAAAGAGAUUCAGGAGGUGUUUGUGAAAGGUACUCUUCCGGAUGAUUGGAACUUCACAUAUCUAUGCUUGCUCCCAAAGAUUGCGAAUCCUGAAAACAUGACAGACCUAAGACCCAUAAGUCUCUGUUCUGUUUUGUACAAAGCGAUUUCCAGAAUUUUGGUGAAACGGUUGCAACCUUUUCUCAGUCAGAUUGUGUCAGUGAAUCAAUCUGCCUUCAUCUCCGAGCGGUUGAUACAAGAUAAUGUCCUUAUAGCUCAUGAAGCAGUACAUGCACUCAAAACUCACAGUGUGAUAGCUGCUGAGAGCGUGGCGAUCAAGACAGAUAUGUCAAAGGCUUAUGACAGGGUGGAGUGGAGAUAUUUAGAAGACUUGCUAAAGGCAUUAGGUUUUGCCGAGCAAUGGGUGGUUUGGAUUAUGAUGUGUGUAUCGUCGGUGUCUUUUGCAGUCUUAAUGAAUGAUCAGCCGUUUGGCCUUAUCUCACCGAGUAGAGGGAUCAGACAAGGAGAUCCCUUAUCACCCUUUCUUUUUGUUCUCUGCACAGAAGGGCUGUCGCACUUACUGAAUGUUGCGGAAAGGAACGGUUUUCUGAAAGGCAUGAGUUUUGAUGUGUCCGGGCCAUCCAUUCAUCACAUUUUCUUCGCAGACGAUAGCUUAUUUCUCUGUCAAGCGUCUGCAUACCAAUGUCGUAAUCUAAAAAAGAUCCUAUGCUUUUAUGGUGAAGCUUCAGGACAGUGCAUCAAUUAUCAGAAAUCGGCGAUUACUUUUGGACACUUGGUAUCUGUGGAGGUGAAAAGUGAGCUGCAGAAUAUUAUGGGGAUUUAUAAUGAGGGAGGGAUGAGUAAAUACUUAGGACUCCCGGAAGAUUUCUCUGGCUCCAAGAUCAACGCGUUAUCGUACCUCAAAGAUAAAACGCAAGGCAGACUUGAGACUUGGUAUCUGAGGAAGCUGUCACAAGGUGGGAAAGAGAUACUUUUAAAAACUUCAGCCUCGGCUCUUCCGGUUUUCCCCAUGUCAUGUUUCCGAUUGCCAAAGACUGUGAUCAAGAGACUGGCAAGUAUGAUGGCCAAUUUUUGGUGGAACUCUCAUUCUCACAUGAAGAAGAUCCACUGGGUGGCCUGGGAUAAAAUGUGUCUUCCAAAAGAGCUUGGUGGAAUGGGGUUUAAAGAUUUGGAGAUCUUUAAUCAAGCACUGUUAGCAAAACAAGGAUGGAGGCUCAUCAACCAACCAGAGAGCCUGCUAGCAAGAUUCAUUAAAAGUAGAUACUAUCCUCACUCUGACUUUCUACAUGCUCCGGUUGGGUAUAGGCCCUCGUUUGCUUGGAAAAGCAUUCUUUUUGGCAGAGAGCUCCUGCAGAAAGGACUGAAAUGGCAGAUAGGAAACGACCGUAAUACAAGAGUGUGGUUGGAUAAGUGGGUGCACGACCCGGAGGUUGGGAUGAGAGCUCCUUGGAUCAAAAACAAUACUUUUGAUGUAAAUCUUAAGGUAAGCGCUAUGAUUGAUGGCGAGACUCGCAGAUGGAACCUGCAGGCACUAGAGGAGAUCUUUGUUCCUGGAGAUGUUCAGUUGAUUGCGGCUUCCCAGCCUAUUGUUUCUAGAGAGGAUUCCUUUACUUGGAAGUUUAACAGAAAUGGGCUGAUGUCGGUUCAGUCAGCUUAUGGUUUAGCUAGAGAAGAGACGAUCAAGGAAUGUCACAGUGAGGUGCUAGCUAUCCCUUCUCUCAACCCAAUAAAAGAGAGAAUUUGGAAGAUACCAACUGUGCCAAAAAUCAGGAUUUUCCUUUGGAAAGUCUUGAGUGAAGCUAUCCCGGUAGCUGAUCUGAUCUUAAAAAGAGGCAUGAAAGUUGAUGAAAGAUGUCAACUGUGUGGACUUGAAGGUGAGACGAUUCAACACGUGCUAUUUCAAUGUGCAGUAGCAAGACAGGUGUGGGCUCUGUCGGGUAUUCCCCAACCUAUGUUUGAAAUGCAGGAAGGUCAUCUGUUUUCCAACAUCAACUAUCUGAUGAACCUAAAGGCACAGUCGUGGGGUUCUAUGGAGGAGAAAAGAGCUUGGCCUUGGGUUUUAUGGUUUCUAUGGAAGAGUAGAAAUGACUUUAUUUUUAAUGGAGAGAGAUGGAUGCCAAUGGAGAUUGUGGUGAAGGCAAAAAAUGAGGCUGAUGUUUGGUUUUUAGCGCAGGAAGUAGACAAAGAAGUGGAACUCGAAGUAACGCGGAAUGAUGUGCGAGCCAAGAAACGAUGGUUGCCUCCAGAGGAGAGUUGGUUAAUGUGUAAUGUUGCCUUUGAGUGGAACAAGGAUACACAUAGUCUUGGAGGAGCAUGGGUUGUUCGAAAUCAUAGAGGAGUUGUAUUGACACACAGCAGAAGAGCCUUUUCUCGGGUUGGAUCCUUGGAUGAUGCGAGAUUAAAGACGUUGUUAUGGGCUUUAGAGAGCAUGAUGAGCAUGCGCUAUGACAGAAUGGUCUUCGCCGGAGAUUUUAAAGAGCUUUUCCUUGCUUUCCAAAAUCCACAUAAAUGGCCGUCUCUUAGAUUUCAGGUAGAGGAGAUGAGGAUUUUGCUUUCAAGAAUGAAGGAGUUUCAAUUGAAGAAGGUUUCGAUAGAGGAAAACAGAGGGGCGUCGUUCAUUGCUCAAAGCAUAACGAGACAAAACAGAAGUCAAUCGUAUGUGGCCAUUGGUCAUCCUUCUUGGCUAGGUGAGCUUUUUGUUAAUGAAUAUCGGUCCCUCUAA